AUGGCAUCUAACUUGGCUGCCGCAGCAAGAGGGAAGAGAGAAAAGGUAACAGGUGUCACAGUGACGUCAUCCAAGCUGUCCAUGGACCAUUUUAAAUCCAAGAUGUGGAACUAUUAUACAAAGCUGGGAGAUACCUGCGUUGAAUGCAAAGUGUGUAAGAAGCAGUUUUCCUUCCACAAUAGCACUAUGGGUAUGAGAGAGCAUUUGCAUACUGUGCACAGUUCUGGCAUCCCUCAAAUUAGGGAACAUUCUGAACUGGACAUUCCUGAACGGGAGGGGGCAGUCAAGAGACUGAAGCAAACACUGCCCUCAAAUAGCAUUUGUACUUCUAUAUCAGAACCCCAGACACAAGCAAUUGCUAACCUGAUAUUAGAGAUGAUCUGCAGCGACCUCCAUUCCCUUUCAGUGGUUGAAGAGAAGGGUUUUGCACGUCUAGUUACUUUCUUGGAUCCAAACCUUGAGCUUCCGACUCCAAUGCAUCUAGCUGGUAUGUUAUGGCACGAAUAUAAUGUAAUGAAACAGCAGCUCAAAUGUUGUCUUCAGGCUGCCCCGUCCAUUGUCCUAUCGAUUCAGAAUUGGACUGACAAUUCUAAAAGGUCCUACCUCUCUGUUACAGCAAAUGUUAUUGACAGUAAUUGGAGAUUUUGUAGAUACUUAUUGGAGACGCACCCCGUUCACCAAGGCAAGACGGAGGAUGAUGACGACCUGGGAAAGCACUUACACUCUGUGCUGGUGGAGUUUGGCCUGUCUAGUAACCUAGUGUCCUGUGUGGUUCAUGAUAAUUCACCUAUGCUGUCCUCUUAUUUCAAAUCUUUCAAAGAUACAUGUGGGUGGGCCUGCCUCUGCUGCACUGCCCACAUCUUACAGGGCUGUAUAAAAGCAGGGCUGGAGGUUGAAGAAAUGCGAGAAGCUCUGACUGCCGUUAGAGACUUGGUGAGUUACUUCCAAGAGGACUUCAAAGCCAGUUGCUUUCUAAAUUCCAAACUGGAAGCUAUGAACAAGCCCAGGCUGGUGCUAGAUACAGAGACGUGUUGGGUCUCUACGCUGGAAAUGUGUCAGAACUUGCUGGACCUCAAGUGGGCCAUCCUUUCUAUCCUAGAAGAACAUAAGGUAGAUAACUUGUCUGAGCAGCACUGGAAGUUGCUUCAGGAUUUGGUGCCAAUGCUGAAGACCAUAUGGAUUGCAACAUUGUUCCUGCAAGAAGAACAAAAUGCUUCUAUCUCCUCACUGAUGCCCUGUCUCUUUGCUAUAUUCAAUUCUGUUGGGCAAAGCUGUGAAGCCAACGGUGCCAUUAAAGCUGCUGCAAAUCAAAUACAAGCUGAGAUCUGUAGACACUGGGACAUGUUAGAUGAAGGAAAAUUAAUUGGCAAUCCGGCAGUCAUUGCUUCGUUUCUGGAUCCUCGUUUUAAAGAGCUCAGAUUUCUUAAACCAUGGGCAAGAGGAGACCUACACGAAAGGGUCAAGAAUAUGCUUUUGGAGCCAUGUGUUACCAACCUGCAGUGGUCUCUGACCUGUGUAACUAAAGGCAGCAUCGACACUCUCAGUCCUCCUGUCCAAGAUGGCACCCCAAUUGGACUUGAAAGCAUUUAUGACCUUCUUCUGGGGAGAGAUCCAACAGCUUACUUACCUGAAGCCCAUCACCAGCUGGAAAAUUAUAUAGUGGAGCCUGUCUGUAAACGUACAACUCACCCUCUCCAGUGGUGGAACAGUAAUCAUCAGAGAUAUCCAGCAUUGGCCCGAUUAGCUCGCCAGUAUCUUGCCAUACCUGCCACUGCUGUGAAACCUGAAACCGCCUUUGGCAUGCUACAAGACCCAUUACAAAUACGAAAGGCUGCUCUGGAGCCAAAACAUAUGGCUCCCAUUCUGUUCUUGCACCAGAAUAAAGACUUUCUAGAGUGGAAUCUGAAAGCAGAGUAA